AGAAUCUGGCCAUGGCUGGCACCCUCUUCAUUGCUAUCGACUAUAUCUGGGACCGCCCCGUUUCUUUGCUCGUACGCUCGCCGGGCGAGAAGCAUGCAUACGACGGCUUUUACGCGUUACCUCCCACUGGCCAGGACCGCCCAAGCUCGCACGACAGUAGAUCUAGCGCCAGGGAGUUACCUAGCGAGUUUGGGUAUUCCCUAGUUUGUCGGCCGUCUCAUGAGGGAGACCAGGAGCUCACGCGCCCAAAGGGCACUCCGGCUUGUCUCAGUGGUAGGGCAGAAGAAAAGUUCGAGAGGCGCUAGGCGAUUGCGGCAACUUGGAGCCUGUGUUACCAGCCACGUACAGGCAGCUCCGGAUCCGAAGGGGCUUUGAAUGAGGACAUGGCAUGUGAACUGCUUGCAUAGGU